AUGGGUUUUGGAUCAAUUCUGCAAGUGAAUAUUACAAGUUAUCCGGGACAACUAAGCUACUAUCUUUUAGAUGUUUAUGAUGCAGAUAGUAAAAGACUUGUCCUACAAAACUCUGUUAUUGAGAUAACAGAACAAACAGUGCAUGAUAUGAUGGGGUUGCCAUUUGGUGGAGAAGACAUCAAUGAGUUACCAUUGUGUGAUAAGGGAAAUGAAAUUCUAGAAGAAUGGAGGGGACAAUAUAGUGGUGAUAAGUUCAAUGGUGAGGAGUAUUUAAGAAGAAUUCAGUCUACAACAAAGGAUAAUUUGAUGUUUAGGCUGAAUUUUUUGACCCUAUUUGUUAACAACUUCAUAGAGUCAAUGUUGAUGGGAAGAAAUCAAAUAAAAGUGGUAAGGAAAGAUUCAACGAUUGGAAAUCCGUUUGGCGGGAGGCAGUUUCGGGAUGAGCAUGAUGAUGUCGAUAUGGGCGAUGAAACAGGAGCUGAAGAACAGCAAAUGCUAAGCUUUAAGAGGGAUUUUGGAGAUGAGGAGGCGUACGCUGCUGUUAUAGAGCAUAGUUAUGGGGUAAUUCUAAUAGAGAAAAGUACUAUGGAGGUUGCGUUGAAGGAUGGUUUGGAAAAAUUCCCUCAUAGUGUGGUGCUGAAUGAGUGAAUGGAGAAAAUGAAUGAACUUUUCAAGGGAUUUUAAAAAAUCAUUGAAGAAUGAUAAGAAAAAUUAAGAGUUAAUGCAAUUGAUUCUGUUUAAAACAAAAUAUACUGGUAGAAUAUG